UUUUCGAAAGAGCGAAUAUGGAGAACACAUACGAAGUUUCCGAUUUACUGUAUUCGGAUCGCGAUCUCGCGAACAGCCAGUGUGUGUGUUGAUCUGUAAGCGUGAGGAUCGUCGCGUCUUUCUUUGCGUACUGCAUCCAAAAUCACAGUUUGCAUUUGCUUAGUGCAUUGACUAAAGAAUGUUCACCUAUAGUUAACUGAUCGAUGCCCUGAUAUAGGCUGUGUUGUGUGGGUAUCAGAAUACCGAUAACAAUUAGAUGCGCCGAUGAAAAUCAGUGUUCACUAGUUCACAUGCUAUGAUUAAUUAGCGUAUAGAGGGAUAAUUCGUGUAAUUUUAUAUGCGGUGUGCGGUCAAUCAACGGAUUUGCUAAGCAACAGUAGUGUUAUUGAUUGCAAAUUAUUCCUACAAACAUCGUGGACAUUGCUUGGUGGUAUUCAAUCAAAUCGCACAAAAAUCCGCCGCUAAAUGUGAUGUCACUCGAAGGAACAGGAAGCUGAAUGAGAUAAACCAACGGUACCGGAAAACCAUUCCAAGGCUAACCACUGGUUGGAAAAUUGAUAGCAUAUCGAAUAAUGUCAUCACAAGUUUCCAUCUUAUUGGCGUUGGUCUUCACACUCAGUAGAGUCAGUAUAGCACGAACACAAUACCUGGAGUCUCCAUGUCCGGAUAUAUUCACUUACCAGGUCGAUCCAAACACCAAGCAAAUUUUCGGUUACGUCGAAAUCGACAAUAUUCAAGUGGGUCAAACGGCUAAACUAAACAUAGAUCUGUCGAUAGCAACGCAAUUGGCACAGAAUAACGUUGGAUCCAUCACAUUAGUCAAGUCGAGAGAGUCCACUUUCAAUGACAUCGUUCACGGUAACCCGGCACAGUACCGGGUCAAUUUUCCACUACAGCACAUAUUGCCGAGCGUACUGAAUAUCGCUCUCAAUGGACAAACUAUAUGCACAGGAAGCCGCGCACAGGGACGAGUAAUAACCACUAUCAACCUCGAACAUACUCUGUACACACGGAUGGAACCAAACAGCUUCUCGGGCAAUAGUGGCUUCCAAUCUAAUAAUAACUUUCAGUACAAUGGUUUCCCUAACAAUAAUGGAUUUCAAAACCAAGGACCUACUGAUACUUCUAACCAGCUGGCGUACCCUGUACGACCCCAACAACAACCAGUACAACAGCGACCCCCGCCAAGACCCACACGACCGCAGUUUGUAUAUACGGAAUCAACAACGCCAAGACCUACGUUUGUCCAAACCAUGCCUACUCGCCCAACUCCCGUACGAACUACAGUUUCACCUCCGAUCAAUUAUUCCUGCGGCAAACCUUCUAGUUCUGGCUUCAACCAACUUUCGUUCAACGGCGAGCGCGUAAGCAAAGGUCAAUUUCCUUGGAUUGUGCCCCUGUUCGACCAAACUCAAGCUCAAACACCAUCCUACUUCUGCGGCAGCACUAUCAUCUCCAAUCGGCAUCUUAUUACAGCAGCUCAUUGUAUCUACGAUGCGGGCGAUUUCAUGACUGCAGAGCGGAUACUAGCCAUCCCGGGAAUGUACAACAUUGAUAAUUUCGUAGAUGAAAAUGCCAAUCUUAUGUACAUAAGUAGCGUACAUCCACACGAAGACUACAUCAACGACGAUGAUUUCAACGAUGCGGACAUCGCCAUUCUGCGACUCAAGACGGUAUUGAUCUACACAGAAUUCAUUAUACCGAUAUGCUUGUGGAACGAUGCCAAUGACCUGGAACGGGUAGUUGAUCAAGAAGGCAUCGUGGCUGGCUGGGGUCUCACAGAAAAAGGCUCUUCCACAGUUCCCACUUACAUCAAAGCCACAAUCGUUACACAGAGAUCAUGUCGUGACAAUUUGGAGAAGAUGCUUCCUAUAAUCUCCAGAGUAUUUUGUGGGGACGGCCACGGAUCAGCACCUUGCAAUGGCGAUUCCGGCAGUGGAUUUGUUCUCAAACGCGGUAACCAGUUUUAUCUGCGAGGAGUCGUUUCCAAGGGACAACAGGAUCCAGAAACUCUGCUAUGCAACGUAAAGAAGUUCGCUAUCUAUACGGAUGUAGCCAAGUUUCGGUAUUGGAUCAAGACAAUUAUGAGCUAGUAGAAUGAGUCCAUAAUAAGCGGCAGCCAUCUAUAAGACUUAUUUUUUUCCUUCAAAAUACAGAGAAAAUAAUCAACAAUUGGCUUAACCAAGAAUAGUCACGUUAUAGAAGUUUGAUAGAGGGAUUGUUGAAUUAUGUCUGUAGUGAAUGAUUGAAAAUCUACCAGAUUAUUUAUGUGUAAAUAGCAUUUAAUUAUGUAUAAACAUGACUACCUUACAUAUUACCAUGUAACAACUCAUUUAUUGACAGUAUGAAUAAUAAAAAAAUCUUUUCCGUUAAAGUUUCA